UGUGUUCAGCAGAACUGACGCAGUUUACUUCUGAAAAAUGUCCUUAGUGGUCUGAGAAAAUAAAUUGAUGGUAUAAACUACAACACCUACUACGCUCUGCAAAACAUAACGCAGAAAACAUACACACAGAUUCCUCCUACUGCAUCACAGACAAUGACAUAGCAAACAAUGAUAUAUUAUUGGGAGUUGAUAUUAAAAGAUAAAGGCGCAGAAUAAAGACGUCACAUCGUAGCUGAAGGCCGGAAAUUGUUAUCUUAGAAAGGGAUUUAACUAUUGCCGGCGAGUAAGUAGGUUCAUUUGAUACACACAAUUCCAGGCAGGAAUGAUGGACAACCGUUUUGCUACAGCUCUUGUUAUUGCUUGUGUACUAAGUAUCAUCUCCACAAUCUACAUUGCGGCCUCAAUUGGAACAGAUUUCUGGUAUGAGUACCAGAGUCCACCUUUUGCUUCACUAGACAACACCACCAAUGUACCCACAGCAGAAGAGUUUAGCACUGGUGAAUUUGAUGAAAAGGUAUUUGCAGAACAUCUGUUCCAGUGGAAUGGCACUAUGGGCCUCUGGCGCAUGUGCAUCACUCAUCCAAAUAAUCCACACUGGUAUCGCUCUCCAGAUCCUGACAAGGUCCAUACUUGUAGGAGUUUUUCUCUUAGUGACCAGUUCAAAUCAAAGUAUGUGGAUCCUGGAAACCAUAACAGUGGAGAUGACUUCCUAAGAACAUGUCUUUGGCGCUGCCAGUUUCUGCUCCCAUUUGUUAGCCUUGGGUUGAUGUGCUUUGGAGCCUUCAUUGGACUUUGUGCCUGUGCCUGCCACCGCAUCUACCCAACAAUAGGUACUGGGGUCCUGCACUUACUGGCAGGUGUAUGCACAGUAGCAACUGUCAUCUGCUACAUCGCUGGUAUAGAACUGCUACAUUAUAAGUUACUUGCCAAAACAUCAGGCGGCUACAGCUGGUCCUUCUUCUUAGCCUGUGUUUCAGCACCACUCCAGUUUAUGGCUGCUGCUCUUUUCAUCUGGGCAGCCCGUACCAACCGUAAGGAAUAUAGCCGCAUGAAAGCCUACAGAGUUGCCUGAUCUUAUUGAUCGAUGGAAGAUGGACACAUGUCUGGCACUGGUGCUUUAAUCAAUUCCUUUAUCAUGCCCAGUGUAGUUUUUCUUCAGUCAUUGUAUAGACGAACUUAAAAAAAAAAAAUGUUGAGUGUCAAGAAGUGUUUAUUGUCAUUGCUUCGCUGGCGCAGUGCUACAAUACUUUUGUCAGUAAUCUGAAGAGUAGCUUUUUGGAAGAUGAGCUUCAGGGGUAUAAUCUAAUUGCACAGUACUUGACAGCCAGCCUUAAACAUAUCAUAUUCUAAUCUGUAUUCUGAAUUGUAAUAUUGCACAGCACUUGCUACCAUCCUUGUUAUUGAGCCCUCUUACUUCCUUUAAGAUAGGAAUAUGUUUACCAAAGCACUACAGAAGGAGUUUCUGAAGAUGUGAGGGUCGCAGAUGCCACUAAACCUGUAUCAUCUGAAAUGUGUCCAGCACUGUGGCAUGCAAGGUUGGAGCCCUGACUGGGCUCCAGCUGAACCAUGUUUAAUUAGGAAGCCGGGAGAGAUGGCUGAACAGAGAUAGGAGUGAGGAGCCAAAAUUGACUCCCUAUCUUAAAGUGAGAGAGAGAACAUCACAGGUGCCAUCUGCUAGCCAGAUGCUGACUUGUGUGAGGAGCAGCACAUGUCCUUCCACUGUAACUAGGCUGGAUGCAUGGGAACAUGCACUAAUCCUCCAGUAAUGCAAGCCCUAUUGUAACAGUCUCCUGGCCAGCCAUCAAAAGGUGGAGUAUGUUUGGCAUAAAAAUAAAAUCCUGAAAUGACACUGCAUAGAAGAUGAGUUGGAGACGUGUCUUCAUUUUCCAGUUUUUAUGAGAGGGAAUAAGCAAGAUUUGUGGGUCACUGAAGUGAGAAUGGCUCCAUAUUCAAGUCAGGUGGUCAGAGUGCUGCUUGGUGGACUGAAAAAAAUAAGUGUAUUAAGCCAAAAGCUGCACUCUGCCGUAACUUUAUUUUUCCCAACAGAUGCAUCUUAGUGCUUUCACCAGUUACAGGACUAGCAGUAGCAUAGUAGUGGUGCCUUUUAUUUGAUAAUGGUGCGGGCUGUGUAUCUAGAGUAAUUCCACAAUUCAUAGAGGUUAGUUGAGAACUUGAGGCUAUAUUUUGACAUACAUGGUAAUCCUGAAUGAAACAGCUGACCAAGGUUCACGCUGAAGAGUGGUGACUGCCUUCUGUCCCAUCUAUACUUUCCUCACCCAACAGCUGAACUGUCUAGGUCUUGACUAAGUCCAGCUGAACAUGGUGUUCUAUAAUCCUCGUCUAUGUAUAUAGUUCUGCCUCUCAGUCCUGCUGAAAGGCAGUCAUUAAAAAUGUUUAGUGUUGAAGAUGCAUCACUUUAAGCAUAAUAAAUGUCUGUGUACCCCAUCAUCACCUCAUUUCAGUUAUGACUGUGCUUAGUAUAAAAAGGGGAAAUAUGUCUUCACCUUCUUUCUGAUAAAAAGCUGAGGAAUUGUAUUAGAGGACACAGGUUAGAAUUGUGUACUUAAAUUUUACCCAUCCUGUUCAUAAGUGAUCUUUAGGAAAGUAACCACAUUCCAUACCCCGCAGAGCACAAACAGUGAAGCUGAAGAACAGAACAGGUUGGAGUCUGAAAGAAUUAAAAAAGAAAGUAAAACUGAACACUGAAACCACAAAAACAUGCUGAUCUCAUAAGUACAAAGUGCUACAACCCCAAGGUUCACACUAUAGAAGACCCCUUCCAAAAAAUCUUUUUAACAUAACCCGUUUACCAUAUGACAUAAUAGUAAGUGCCAUCUUCCAUCAAGGAGCUUAUCCUCAGAUUUCUACUCUGUGAUUCUAUGAUGUGCACCAAGAGAGGGUGGAUAAUUAAUUUUUUAAUGCAUGUUAUUUAUUUUAUUUAUUAAUUGUUUGUCAUAUAAUAGUAUUUGUUUUUACUUUUAAAAGCAGUAGUAUCCAUUUUCUUUUUAACCAGAUAUGAGUAGUAACUGUAGCAAGUUAGGUGAUAUCUUGUAUUUCAGUCUAUAUAACACUAAGUGCUCCUUUUGCCAUGGCCACACUCCAUUUGGCCUUCUAACUUCAUUGCCACAUACUGCUGAAGAUGGAAAGAUGAAGAUGAGGGAACUUGUCUGUCACCCUGCAGAAGGCUGGAACAUUUUUUUAUUGUUUUUUAUACUUCUACCCCCACUCCUGUUUUCUGAGAACCGUGGCACAAUGCCUGCUGUACUAAGUUCUCAUAUGGGUAUUUGUUUCUGCACACCAGUGAUGUUUUUCCAGAGUGUCUGCACUCCUUUUCUGAACUGGCACUCCUGAGUUCUUUUAUGCAUGGAUCACGUUUCUGGGCCUUCCAGGAUUGAACUAACACCUUCCUGUCUAAAAUGGGUGAGUGUGCAUUGGACAUUUACUCCCACUGCAACUAAAUGAAGCCAUAUUGUCUGGAUCACAGUCAUCUCCAUCCCUGUCUGCCACAUGACAGCCAUCAUUAUUUGUGAGAAUUGUACAUUAAAAUUAUUUGACUAUAGACAUGGCCUGUUUUCAGGACCAGCCAGCAAAAUACUGUGGAUAACAUGGGCCAUGGACUUGUGUACAGUUUGCACAGAGUCACAUGGUAUACAUUUGUAGCAUAUUCAGACUUUACUGUCCUAAGAUCUACACUGUGCUGUAUUUAUCCUUGUAUGUUUUAAAUGCUGUUUUGUCUUAUUUGUGUAGGAAAACUGGAGUGGGAGUGGACAGUUUUAAUGUAAGAGCAUAUUUUUCAGUACUGUCAAAGCACAGUUAACUAUUCACCCAUAAGCAAAAAUGUUGUUUUCUAUUGUAUUAACUUACUAGCUCUUUAUUGUGGUAAACAAACACAAUUAUAUGUGUGCCUUUGUGUUGAAGAAAGUUGUUUGUGUAGUUUGACUCAACUAAAAAUGCACUUUUUUUUCAGUUGA